GAGGGUACCAGUUGUGAGUGUGAAGAUCCGGCCUGGACACUCAGCCUGGUGGGGAAGGCUGGCUUGUGAGGACUCCCGAGCGCGGGAUGGAGGUGGUCUAGCCCUUGCUAGAAAGUCCGGGAGAUUGCGUGGUACUGUGGUCAAAAGUGGGGUGUUGGCCGGGCUCCUGAUGGAUUUGUGCUGGUGCUGACUGUCGGAAUCAGAGUUCCGUCCUCAGUCUAGUGCCCAUCACCGCCUUUUCCAGGUAACUGAGGCCCCAGAAAGAGGAAAAGUGACUGUUGACUUGCCUAAGGCCUCACACUCGGCUCGUGGCCCAGGACUGGAGCAUUUUCCUUUAAUACUUUCCACUAGGGCCCCCUCAUUCUCUAUAAAGAAAGUCUGAUUCUGGUGUCACUAUAGCCUUCGGUGUUUUUGGAGUUGAGAGGGAGGGAAUGGGGUUGGGGAUUGACAGUGACUGCCUGGGGCUUCCCAACUUGGAAAGGUUUUGUGACAGGUGUUUAUUGUUUCCUCUUCCCGUAGACCUGACAGAAACAUCCUAGGAUCUUGGUGUGUGGACAUAGGAGAGCCAACUUCUGAAAGUCCCUGUGUCAGCAUUUGAGGAAUGAUGGUAUAGUGCUAUUGUUAUCUUCAAGUGUUGAGAAGCACAAAUUUUUCCGAUCACUGUAGAUAUGGACAGAGAAGAAAGGAAAACUAUCAACCAGGGUCAAGAAGAUGAAAUGGAGAUUUAUGGUUAUAAUUUGAGUCGCUGGAAGCUUGCCAUAGUUUCUUUAGGAGUGAUUUGCACUGGCGGGUUUCUGCUCCUCCUCCUCUAUUGGAUGCCAGAGUGGCGAGUGAAAGCGACCUGUAUUAGAGCUGCAGUUAAAGACUGUGAAGUGGUGCUGCUGAGGACUACUGAUGAAUUCAAAAUGUGGUUUUGUGCAAAAAUUCGCUUUCUUUCUCUGGAAAGUCACCCAUUUGUUAAUCCAAAAUCUACAGCUAAUAAGAUUUCAAAUGGCCAUGCAGUUCAUUUAACUGAGAAUCCUGCCGAAGAUACUAGCCAUGAGAUUAAUAAAUAUUCACAGACUCAGUCACAACAGAUUCGUUAUUUCACCCACCAUAGCGUAAAAUAUUUCUGGAAUGAUACCAUUCACAAUUUUGAUUUCUUAAAGGGACUGGAUGAAGGUGUUUCUUGUACGUCAAUUUAUGAAAAGCAUAGUACAGGACUGACAAAGGGGAUGCAUGCCUACAGAAAAUUGCUUUAUGGAAUAAAUGAGAUUGCUGUGAAAGUGCCUUCUGUUUUUAAGCUUCUAAUUAAAGAGGUUCUCAAUCCAUUUUACAUUUUUCAGCUGUUCAGUGUUAUACUGUGGAGCACUGAUGAAUACUAUUACUAUGCUCUAGCCAUUGUGAUUAUGUCUAUAGUGUCAAUUAUAAGCUCACUAUAUUCCAUUAGAAAGCAAUACAUUAUGUUGCAUGACAUGGUGGCGACUCACAGUACUGUGAGAGUUUCCGUUUGUAGAGUAAAUGAAGAAAUAGAAGAGAUUUUUUCUACAGACCUUGUGCCGGGAGAUGUCAUGGUUAUUCCAUUAAAUGGGACAGUCAUGCCUUGUGAUGCAGUACUUAUUAAUGGUACUUGUAUUGUAAAUGAAAGCAUGUUGACAGGAGAAAGUGUUCCAGUGACAAAAACUAAUUUGCCAAAUCCUUCAGUGGAUAUAAAAGGAAUGGGAGAGGAAUUAUAUAGUCCAGAAACACAUAAACGACACACUUUGUUUUGUGGGACGACUGUUAUUCAGACUCGUUUUUACACCGGAGAACUUGUUAAAGCCAUUGUAGUUAGGACAGGAUUUAGUACUUCCAAAGGACAACUGGUUCGCUCUAUAUUGUAUCCUAAACCAACUGACUUUAAACUCUACAGAGAUGCCUACUUAUUUCUACUAUGUCUUGUGGCAGUGGCUGGCAUUGGGUUCAUCUACACAAUUGUCAACAGCAUUUUAAAUGAGGUAGAAAUUGGAGAAAUAAUUAUCGAAUCACUUGAUAUCAUUACAAUUACUGUACCACCUGCACUUCCUGCUGCAAUGACUGCUGGUAUUGUAUAUGCUCAGAGAAGACUAAAAAAAGUUGGUAUUUUCUGUAUCAGUCCUCAAAGGAUAAAUAUCUGUGGACAGCUGAAUCUUGUUUGUUUUGACAAGACUGGAACUCUAACUGAAGAUGGUCUAGAUCUGUGGGGGAUUCAACGAGUGGAAAAUAACGGAUUUCUUUUGCCAGAGGAGAAUGUUUGUAAUGAGUUGUUGGUAAAAUCUCAAUUUGUUGCUUGCAUGGCUACUUGUCAUUCACUCACAAAAAUUGAAGGAGUACUCUCUGGAGACCCACUUGAUUUGAAAAUGUUUGAAGCCAUUGGAUGGAUUCUGGAAGAAGCAACUGAAGAAGAAACAGCACUUCAUAAUCGAAUUAUGCCCACUGUGGUUCGUCCUCCCAAACAGCUACUUCCUGAAUCCACACCUGUAGGAAACCAAGAAAUGGAGCUGUUUGAACUUCCAGCUAUUUAUGAGAUAGGAAUUGUUCGCCAGUUUCCAUUUUCUUCUGCUUUACAACGCAUGAGUGUGGUUGCAAGAGUGCUAGGGGAUAAGAAAAUGGAUGCCUACAUGAAAGGAGCCCCUGAGGUCAUUGCCAAUCUUUGUAAACCUGAAACAGUUCCAGCUGAGUUUGAGAAAGUUUUAGAAGAUUACACUAAACAGGGCUUCCGUGUGAUUGCUCUUGCACACAGAAAAUUGGAAUCAAAACUGACAUGGCAUAAAGUACAGAAUAUUAGCAGAGAUGCCAUUGAAAACAACAUGGAUUUUAUGGGAUUAAUUAUAAUGCAGAACAAAUUAAAGCAAGAAACCCCUGCAGUACUUGAAGAUUUGCAUAAAGCCAACAUUCGCACUGUCAUGGUCACAGGUGACAACAUGUUGACUGCUGUCUCUGUGGCGAGAGACUGUGGAAUGAUUCUACCUCAGGAUAAAGUUAUUAUUGCUGAAGCAUUACCUCCGAAGGAUGGGAAAGUUGCUAAGAUAAAUUGGCAUUAUGCGGACUCCCUAACACAGUGCAGUAAUUCAUCAGCAGUUGACUCAGAGGCUAUUCCAAUUAAAUUGGUCCACGAUAGUUUAGAAGAUCUUCAAAUUACUCGUUAUCAUUUUGCAAUGAAUGGAAAAUCAUUUUCAGUGAUACUGGAGCAUUUUCAAGACCUUGUUCCUAAAUUGAUGUUGCAUGGUACCGUGUUUGCUCGUAUGGCACCUGAUCAGAAGACUCAACUGGUAGAGGCAUUGCAAAAUGUAGAUUACUUUGUUGGAAUGUGCGGUGAUGGUGCAAAUGACUGUGGUGCUUUGAAGAGAGCACAUGGAGGCAUUUCCUUAUCUGAACUUGAGGCUUCGGUGGCAUCUCCUUUUACCUCUAAAACUCCUAGUAUUUCCUGUGUGCCAAACCUUAUCAGGGAAGGCCGUGCUGCUUUAAUGACUUCCUUCUGUGUCUUUAAGUUUAUGGCAUUGUAUAGCAUCAUACAGUACUUCACUGUUACUCUCCUGUAUUCCAUUUUAAGUAACCUAGGAGACUUCCAGUUCCUCUUCAUUGAUCUGGCAAUCAUUUUGGUAGUAGUGUUUACAAUGAGUUUAAAUCCUGCCUGGAAGGAACUUGUGGCACAAAGACCACCUUCAGGUCUUAUAUCUGCAUCAUUACUCUUCUCCGUUUUGUCUCAAAUUGUCAUCUGCAUUGGAUUUCAAUCUCUGGGGUUUUUUUGGGUCAAGCAGCAGCCAUGGUAUCUAUAUUCAGAUGCUUGUAAUACAACAGGAAGCCCUUUUCAGAAUUCUUCACACUUAGACAAUGAAACUGAACAUGACAUACGUAAUAUACAGAAUUAUGAAAAUACCACAGUGUUUUUUAUCUCCAGUUUUCAGUACCUCAUAGUGGCAGUUGCCUUUUCAAAAGGAAAACCCUUCAGGCAACCUUGCUACAAGAAUUAUUUUUUUGUUGUAUCUGUGAUUAUUUUGUAUAUCUUCAUAUUACUCAUCAUGUUGCAUCCAGUUGCCUCUAUUGACCAGGUUCUUCAGAUAGAGUGUGUACCAUAUGAGUGGCGUAUAACUAUGCUCAUCAUUGUUCUUGUCAAUGCCUUUGUAUCCAUCAUGGUGGAGAGCUUCUUCCUUGACACGGUCCUUUGGAAAGUUGUGUUCAAUCGAGACAAACAAGGAGAGUAUCGCUUCACCACACAGCCACCACAGGAGUCAGUGGAUCGGUGGGGGAAAUGCUGCUUGUCUUGGGCACUGGGCUGUAGAAAGAAGACACCAAAGGCAAAGUAUAUGUAUCUGGCGCAGGAGCUCUUGGUUGAUCCAGAAUGGCCACCCAAACCUCAGACAACGACAGAAGCUAAAGCUUUGGUGAAGGAAAAUGGAUCAUGUCAGGUCAUCACCAUAACAUAGCAAUGACUUGGUGUCAGUGGUUUGCUGAUAGCAGUGUUCAGGAGAGUGAUUUUAGGAUUUCCUGGUCCUGUAUGUCAAAAUGGCCACCAAUUUAGUUGAUGCUUCUUGUGAUAAUACAUUAACUGAUUUGAAAGCUUUGCUUUAAAACACGUACAAAAGGGAGAGCAACAUUGAACUCACAAAGUACUAAACUGGUUAUAUCUUCAUUCAGUAACCUAAGUAUUAUAUAUAUUUGUAGAAUUUUGUUUGUUAUGUGAUUAUUUCUUUUGGGUACCAGAGAAAUCUGGUGUUCAGUAGGUUUUUAAACAUUGGCUUUUGAAAUUAGUUUGCCUUUUAAAAUUUAUUCUCACAACCCCUUUGUCAGGAAAAGUUUGGUGUUUUUUUUUCUUUAUAUACAGGCUCUAAAUUUGGAAUUGUUAAAAAUAAAAUGGCUGUUAAUUAACCUCCAGUGAAAACAAAUUGAAAGCCUGAUUUCAUUUCAGUAUUUCUUCCAAAGAAUUCUAUGUAAACAUACAUGGAACAGUUCCCUUUGGUGGGCCAGAAGUUAGGAGUGAGGUUGUGUGGUGUUGCUUAUAGAACAACUCAGGUAAUUCUGUGUAUGGUUUUAUAUUUUUCUGUACAAACUGCCUGGGUUUAUUUUUCUAAUCAGUAAGGUGCUUCACUGCUUCUUGAUAUCCUCCAAGCUGUUGAGUGGAUCUUGUGCUAUGUCUGGGGUCAGUAGUCUACUUUGCCUCACUUGAACCUUGGCAAUCCUUUUUCACUAGGAAAAGGUAGUAGAUAGGAAUCUAUUUUUCUAAUAGCUCUUCGUACCUCUUUUUUGUUCAGAAUGUGUCUUAUUUUAAUUAUUUAAACACAUGAUAAUUGUGAGCUUUCGUUUUUACAUUUUGAUUUUUUUUGUUGUUUUUUACCUUGAAAGAUUUUCCCCCCAUGGUUUGCUAUGUCUUUCCUGUCACUAGUGAGGCUUAAAAAAAUUGGCAUUGGAUUUUAAUAAAAUUUCAGAGCAGUGUGAAAUUGGUGAAAGUUCGUUGCAAAGCCAUUAGAUGGCGCCAGCAUACUACUUUUUUGUUAAGGAUAUUUGAUGUGGCAAUUUCUGGGAGAUAAAAAAAAUCCAGGAAACAAAGUUAAAGAAUUGAAGACAUUCAGUGAGCCAAAAGAAGGAAGUAUUGGAAAUGCUUUUUAUCUUUCUGUUUUGCCCAAUUAAUGUUUAAAUUCUAGAGGAACUUAAAGCUACUUUUAAAAUGCCCACUGUUUAUAUUGGCAAAUAACUAAUAUUGCUGUAAAACAAUGUGACGUUUUCUGAGUUCUCACUUAACAAUCACAUGUUUGUGCUUUUCACUCCUAGCUGAUCAUUACAACAUAGUUGCCAAUCUACCAAGUGUUACCCAGAAUUAUAGAACCAAAUGUUUCUUAUUAUUUAUACUGCAAAGAACUGAAUGAUGUUUGAUAACUGUAGAACAUAUAAAUUACACUCAGGAUCACUGUUACUGCUAUUGCCACUGAUGAUUCUUAAAAAAAUACAAUCCAUAUACUUUUCAUCAAAAUGUAUAAUGUGAUAUUAAUACACAUUAGAUAGAACAAUUGUUCCAUGAAUGAUUCUAUGAAGCUAUGCAUCUUAGACCUCUUGAGCUGUGACUUAGCACUGUUUUCUAUAGUUUCAUGUUCUCUUCAUUGUUUUAUAAUGCUCAUAUCCGCUCAAGUGCUACUCUUUAGUGAUUUCCAGAAUUGCGAUUUCUGCUCUUUGUGUUAAAUACUGAACCAUAUAAUUCAAGUAAUUGCCAAGUACAACUUAAAAAUCCAGUUAUUGAUUGUAUUUAACAUCUUUAAGAGCAUGAUCAUAAAAACUUAUUUUUGACACACAUCUCUCUUAACCUUUAGAGUUAAGGGUUUCUAGAUCAUUUGUCCAUAUUGAUUUCAAAGGAACAAGGCUUGAGGUAGAUGGAAGAGCAUCUGUAGGCAGUUAGACUUAAGAAGACAGGAUAGGUUUUCAAGGUGAGAAUAUUAUUUGAAGAAUAUCUGUGAAUCCCGGUGUGGCUCCUGUGCAGUGCCAUAGACAGUCCUCUGUAGGUCACCAUUACAUAAUAGUUUGGUUCUGAAUUUUACAUUAAAUUAUUUGAGUGUAUACAAUUUUUAAAAUCUGUACAUAUAUUAUUUUGAUGUAUUAAGAUUGAUAAAUAUUGCUGAUUUAAAUUUUAUUUAUGCACAUACUUAAAGGACAGAAAUGUCUGGGAAAGUAAUUGUUAAAUAAUGGUAUGUAACUUUUUAACUUUUUAAAUAAAUAACAAGAUUUUUAAUGUGUGUGUCCCUCAGGGUUGUUUAAAGUUUUUUUCUUCCCUCAAAUAUACAUAUGUUUUCUAUUAGCACCAACUGCUGUCAAGCAAUGCUGCAAAUAAUGCUUGAAUAAGAGUGGCUAAGCCAACAGCAAAAGAAAUACUUUUUAUAGUAGUUUUAUAAUCUUUAAAUUCGAAAAGCUUCCCAAAUUGCACUUGCAUUUAAACAAAACUGUUGCAGUUUUUACUCUAUUUAUUUCCUUUUCCCAUAUUGUUGAAAGUAUUGCACAGUUUCAAAAGGCAUGGUUAAUAUAUUGAUGUUUAUGUAGUCUGUUUCAAAACAGCUAUAGACAAUUAUCCAACAAAGAACAGAAUUAAAGCUUUAGAAAAAAUACUGGAUAUUUCAUGCAUGCAGUUUUGACAUAUCUGGAAAUAGGUUUUUGUAUAUUUAUGGUGGGAGGUGGUGGGGAGUUUUUAAUAAGAUGGAUGUCAAUGUUUGUACAGUCCGGGCAUUUACACAUAUUUUAAUGUAUUAAAAUUUGGUAAUUAUGUGCACAUGAAAUUAAUGAAAUAAUUAUUUCCUGUUAUGAUUUGUGAAUUCCCUAAGGCCCUGGAUUUUUUUAAGUAACUUUAUAUCAGAAAUGAUACUGCAUCUUUAUAUUUUUAAAAUUGUAUUGCUGCUCAAGAAUGGUACCCUGUUGUCAAAAAGGCAUACAUUCAUAAUUGUACAUUCAGCAUUGUAAAUAACCUUAUUAAAUCUUUUUUGAUUGAAGCUAUUAAAAAUAAAAACUUAAA